AUGGAUGUGAAUGAACAUUCAAAUUUGAAGCGUUCUCGUGCCAAUGGAACUUCUUACGCAAAGAAACUGAAACACUUUGGUGCCAAUUUGAUUGUAAAGCCACCUACCAAGGUGGGUAAAGUAUUUGUUUUCGGCACUGGUGAUACAGGCCAACUUGGUUUAGGUGAUGAUAUGUUGGAACGUAAAAAGCCUAUGCCUCUUAAAGCCCUUGAGAAUGAAGAUAUUGUUGAUGUUGUGUGCGGUGGUAUGCAUUCGAUUGCUAUCACAAAGGAUGGAAAAUUAUGGUCUUGGGGCUGUAAUGAUCAACGUGCUUUAGGUAGAUCAGGUGAUGAGUAUGUGCCUGGAAGAGUGGAAAACCUGGACAAUGUAAAGAUUGUAAAGGUAGCAUGUUGUGAUUCUGUUACUAUGGCACUCAGUGAUGAAGGAAAACUUUAUUGUUGGGGUACUUAUCGUUGUGCAGAAGGACCUUUAGGUUUCUCUCGUAAUAAAGCUGUUCAAGAAGUACCUGCUAUUUUUGAGCCUUUUGCUAAAUUUGUCAUUGCUGACAUUGCGGCUGGUACGGAUCAUUGUUUAGCUUUGACAAGAGAUGGACGUGUAUUUGUUUGGGGGAAUGGUCAACAAUUUCAAUUGGGUCGUCGUAUCAUGGAACGUCAUUUAAUUAAUGGUCUUCGUCCUGAAGCUUUAAACUUGAAACAUAUCAAGUUAAUUGGGACAGGUUCCUAUCAUUCAUUCGCUGUUGCUGAAGAUAAUACCCUUUAUGUUUGGGGUCUUAAUAAUUUUCAACAAUGUGGUCUUGCUGAAGAAGAUAAUAAUGAACCCGCUGAGAAUGUGAUUACGAGACCCACCAUCGUUAGAGGACUUGAAGGUAAAGGAAAUAUCAAGUCUGUACAAGGAGGUGAACAUCAUUCACUUGUCUUGAUGGAAGAUGGAAGUGUGUACGUCUUUGGUCGUGCUGAUUCAGACCAGUUAGGCUUACCUAAUGAUAUUAUUGAGCGUUAUCAAACACGUGAAGAAGGAGCAGAUGUCUCUGCUUUUAAGAGAGCAGUGGGUGUUCCUACACGUGUUCCUAAUUUAGAAAAAAUAGUUGAAAUUGCCACUGGUACAAAUCAUUCCGUUGCUCUUGGUGAAUCUGGUAAAGCUUAUACUUGGGGUUUUGGUGAAUGUUAUGCUUUAGGUAAUGGCUCAAGUGAUGAUGAACCUGUCCCAACUGAAUUGACAGGUCAGAAAUUAGAGGGAUUUAAAGUAAUUCGUGUUUCUGCUGGUGCUCAACAUUCUAUGAUUCUUGCUACUCAAUAA